AUGGCUGCAGAGAACCCCGUGGAAAGUCUCCAGGAGGAAGCGACAUGUCCCGUCUGUCUGGAACAUUUCACAGAACCUGUCAGUGUGGAGUGUGGGCACAAUUUCUGCCGAGCCUGCAUCAGCCAGUGCUGGGAGGAAUCUGAUACAGCCGCCUCCUGCCCUCAGUGCAGAGAAACUGUGCAACAGGGAAACCUCAGGCCCAACAGGCAGCUGGCAAAUGUCGUAGAAAUCACCAAGCGGUUGAGUUUACAACCAGCAAAGGGAACAGGAGGGGACGGGGUGUGCGGGGAACACCAGGAGGCUCUGAAACUGUUCUGUGAAGAGGAUCAAAGCCCCAUCUGUGUGGUGUGCGGCAGAUCCCGGGCUCACCGCGCUCACACGGUGGUUCCCAUCCAGGAGGCUGCCCAGGAGUACAAGGAAAGAAUCCAGGCCCAUUUGAAGACUCUGGGGGAAGAGAGAGAAAAGCUGCUGGGACUGAAAACGAUUGGAGAGGGGAAUAGCCAGGAGUAUCUGAAACAAACACAAACCGAGAGGCAGAAGAUUGUGUCCGAAUUUCAGGAACUGCGGGAGUUCCUGGAGGAACAAGAGCGACUCCUGCUGGCCCAGCUGGAGAAGCUGGAUGAGGAGAUUGUGAGGAUCCAGAAUGAAAAUGAUAUUAGAAGGACCUUGAGCAGGUGUGAGAAGGGGAAGUUCCAGCAGCCAGAGGAGAUUUCUCCUGAACUGGAAGAGCGAGUCAGUGAUUUCUCCCACAAAACGAUUGUGCUAUUGGAGACUCUGGGGAAGUUCAAAGACUCUCUGCCGUCUGCACUAGAGACAAAAAGAGGAGGAUCUCUAGGAACAUUCAGACAGGUGAAUGUGACUCUGGAUCCAGACACGGCUCAUCCCCAACUCGUCCUGUCUGAGGAUCGGAAAUGUUUGAGCUAUGGAGACAGAUGGCAGGAUCUGCCCAACAACCCUGAGAGAUUUGACACUCAACCCUGUGUGCUGGGCUGUGAGGGAUUCACCUCGGGGAGACAUUGCUGGGAGGUGGACGUGGGGGAUGUGCGAUGCUGGUCUGUGGGGGUGGCCAGAGGGUCUGAGAGGAGGAGGGGACGGAUCAGCCUCAGCCCUGAGGGGGGGAUCUGGGCUGUGCAGUGGUGGGAACCUGGCUCCUUAUCUCUAUGA